AUGGCUGAGAUUAUUGCGACCCUAGAGAAAGAGUACUGUCCGCCGAUCGACUCUGCACUCUUCUCUGCGAUCGUUUCCGAUUAUGAUUUAUCCUAUGAAGCCGCUCUUGACGAGGUACGGGGAACGUUAGAAGUGCUGAAACAGUCCGCCUUACUGGAAGAAAACACGGAUUUUGAUCCUUCAGGGAGCAGCGGUGCUCUGCUCGAGCAAGAGGUUACACCAGAAAAUGGCAACUCCGAACAGACGCGUUCCAGAGCAGAGAGCGGUGAUGUGUGUUCGAGAGCGGGCGAGACAGACUUGACCAGCGUAUCCCGAUCUGUCUCAUCCCUAUGCCUCAAUGGCUCUGAGGUAGAUACCGGCAUUGGAAAUUCUAGCACCAGUCGGGCUCUACAAAGCUUGGACCCCCAGAGCAAGAUAAGCCUUCUGCGUGAGAUGUUUCCUGCCUUGUCGGAAUUUUCCAUAUCUUUCGCAUUGAAGAAGACAAAUGACAACUUUGACCGAGCCGUGGAGGAUUUACUCAAUCAGGUCUUUUUUGAAGAGCAACAGACUAACCCGGAGGGCCCCAUAAGGUCGAAAGGGGUCGAUGGUUUCGCGGAUGACGACGAUCUUGCUUUUGGGCCAAAGACGAGGAGCAAGAAGAAGAAAAACAAGGCUCGCUUCGACAACAAGGAAAAUAGAAGACCUCGCUUUUCUCCUGCAGUCUCGUCCGGGGAGACAUCCCCUUCGCCCCAUAGCCGAUGGGAGAUGGCCAAGACGCAUAUUGAUUUUAUUGCUAGCCGUGUCUCCAUCUCUCCCAAGACCGUGGCCUCAAUAUACCACAAAAACGGAGCAUCCCUCCAGGUUGCUAUUAUUGCAAUCUUGGAUUCUGAGCUUGAGAAUAAUCCUAGCAGCAGUUCAGAGAACGUGAUUUUGGAGUCCAACGCAAUCGAACUUGGAGAAGAAUUCCCUGCUCUAUCGCCGGAGCAGCUCUUGGCAUUAGUCCGAAUAACACAUCCAUCUACUGCUGCAGCCCACGAGCUCGCACGGGCAGCGACCUCAAAAUCGACAAACGACGCUGGAGGCGGACUCAAAAUCAUUACACAAUACGCUCCUAUCAAUCUAUCAUCCUCCGGAUCCUCAACGCCCACAGUUGUUCCUAGCCCAAAUGUUGAUCUUUCGACAGCGAACACAUUGGCCACCUCAUACGAAGUUGCUCGGCAUAAGGCUUUCGGCCAAGCUUCUGUAGCAUAUCGCAAAUCGCGAUCCGAUCCCUUAAUGGGAGCAGCUGCGGCAUAUUAUAGCAGCCUCGGACGAGACUAUGACACCAAAGUGAAAAGAUAUGAUGCAGCUGCGGCGGAAGCCCUGGUGGAUGCACAGUCCAGCAGCACUGAAUUGGACCUUCACGGAGUUAAUGUAAAAGACGCAAUCAGGAUAACGAGAGAAAAAGUCACCAGUUGGUGGGCCGGCCUAGGCGAAGCGCGGAUAGACGGAAGAUCUGGCAUUGGCAGAGGGUAUCGCAUCAUUACCGGCGUUGGAUAUCACAGCGAAGGAGGACGAGGCAGGCUGGGUCCUGCGGUUGGUCGAAUGCUGAUCCGAGAAGGUUGGAAAGUCGAGUUUGGUGAAGGAAUCAUGGUUGUCACUGGAGUGGCAAGAACACGCUGA